GCUUUCGCAGCCCCUCCACCCUCCCAUCCUAAACAAAACGAGAAAAGACACAGACGCAGACAGUUGGCUGGUGCACUUUGACGCGAAAAGUCGCAAGUGACAGUUGUUUUCGUGGCAAAGAAUUGUUUAGAGUGCCCUUUUUACCGGAAAUACAGCCAUGGCUGACCAACUCACCGAGGAGCAGAUCGCCGAGUUCAAAGAGGCUUUUUCGCUGUUCGACAAGGACGGCGAUGGCACGAUCACUACCAAAGAAUUAGGAACUGUUAUGAGAUCACUAGGACAAAAUCCCACGGAGGCAGAACUCCAGGAUAUGAUCAAUGAAGUAGAUGCCGAUGGUAAUGGUACAAUCGAUUUUCCUGAGUUCCUAACGAUGAUGGCCCGUAAAAUGAAGGACACCGAUAGUGAAGAAGAAAUUCGCGAGGCAUUCCGAGUAUUCGACAAAGACGGCAACGGUUUCAUUUCGGCAGCCGAAUUGCGUCACGUGAUGACAAACCUCGGUGAGAAGUUAACCGAUGAAGAAGUCGAUGAAAUGAUCCGAGAAGCUGAUAUAGACGGCGACGGUCAGGUCAAUUACGAAGAGUUCGUUACUAUGAUGACUUCAAAAUGAAGAGUAGAGCAGUUUGCAUUUCAGCUUUCCAUUGUUUCAUCCCGGCCCAUUAUCUACAAUUUCAACAUCUUGAACUUUUUGCUUGGCUGCCGGGCCACUAAAGUGAAAAACUUAAUCGUUAUUUGAUUUACAAGACAACUUUAAUUAAUAAUAAAUAUUUAUAAAUUAAUAUAAUUGUGUAAAUUUUUGUAAUAUAUUUGUUUGGAAGGUGCAACACCAAGCAUCCUCUAUACUGUUUCAACUUCUGUGCUACAUGUCUAGUUGAGUCGUUCUCGUUAUUCACAAAGUAUGAAAUUGUACUUAUAAGUCGUUCUUUCGGUGUUAGUUUAGGGGAUACACAGACUUAGAAUACACUCAGAGUUUCAUGUUUCAUACUUUGUGAUCCAAAAAAACAUACAUCUGUGCACUUAACUAUAGUAUGUAUCCCCUUUGUUUUUAUUAUAAAUGAGUCAUUUGUUCAGUUGUCAUCAUCCCCAGAUCUACUGUACUGUAGGUUUUACAUUUUCAAUAGGUAGGAUUUUCCAGUGUAUAACCAAAUAGACACUUUUUUCGUCAGCCUUGUCAUUUUUUAUUGAACUGUUUUAUUUAUUUUAUUUAUAGAUAAGGACUAUCAUCGGUUACAAUGUGAAAUUAUUAGAUGUUUAAAUUUGAAAUAAAUGUGACUAAAAAUUA